AUGUCAAAAGUCCAAGAGCCCGGCGCUAGCUUAAGUGACAUGGUGGGGAAUCGGAAGCUGGUGGCCUUUGGGGCCGUCCUGGGCUGGCUGCUGGUUGUCCACUUGCUGGUUAACGUUUGGCUCCUCUGCAUCCUCUCCGGCUUGUUGGCGGUGCUGGGCGGGUGGUUCGGCUCCCAGGCGGUGAUCGGGACCCGCAACCGGGUCCACCUGGAGAGGUUCCUUCUCCUGGAACGCUCCUCCCCAAACCCAGAUGCGGAGAAGCAGCUGGAUGAAGAGAUCGAGAACAUGAUCCAGAAGAUCAUCCGGGAUUUUGUGUCCUCCUGGUACCGGGCUGUGAGCCGCGAGCAAAGCUUCGAGCGGGAGGUUCGGGCGGCCAUGAUGGGCCUCGCCCAGGAGCUGAAGAGGCGGUUGGCCUUGGUGGACAAGCAGGCGUUGACCCAGAAGGUGCUCCUCCUCGGCGGUUGCCACCUGCAGGCUUACAAAAAAGCCCGAGAAAAACUGGCAACACUGGGAGACUUUGAUGACCCAAUUCAAAGAGCUGAUCGGCUGUGGCUAGAAUACUGUGAAUUGUCAGCCCCACACACUGCGGUCCAGAGCCCCACAAACGAGGUGGACUACUCCCGGUGCAUUGUGGACUUGCUGCUGCGCAUCUUGGUGCCUGAACCGCACCUGCGAACCAGGACUGGGCGCUUUGUGGUGGUGGAGCUCGUGACUUGCAACGUGCUCUUGCCCAUGAUCAACAAAAUGGCGGACCCCGACUGGCUCAACCUGCUACUGAUUGGGAUCUUCUCCAAGGCUGGUGGGAAAACGGCCGAGGGGAAAGAAGGGACAGUGGGGUUGCCUCCAAGGCCGGCCCUUUCCCCACCCCAGCCCAUGGUGCCCAGUUCAUUGCCGCUGCCGUUUCCAUCAGAAGCCAUCCCAGAGGUACGGAUGUGGUCCCCCAGAGGUUCCGACUCUUCAGUCUAUGACACAAUGGAUGCUUUGGAGUAUCAUCAGCUGGAAGAGAAAGAACCUGCCAGCAGAGAACUGAGUGCUGAUGUGAACGGAAGGAGAGCCAGUAGCAUAUCUGCAUCCUGCCUUCAGCCGGAUACUCUGGGGUCCUUCUUCCCUUGUGAGGGCUUGGAAAUUGAGUCCCCCUUGUCGGAUAUAGGGAGGGAGUCUGGCUCCGUGGUCCUCAUAUCCGCAGAGGAAUUCCUCGCAGAUCCCCUCAGUCCCCUGGAAGGGCCUGACCGUCUGGACCAAGAAGAGGGGUUGGGAGUCAAAAGCAGGUUCUUGAACGACGGUUCCGGCUGUAGCUUGGAAGCCAACGUCCGGAGCCCUUCCCUAAGCCCGUGCCCAGACAUCCAGAUCGAACCAGCUGAGGAGAAGGAGGAGACCUUCGCUUCCCUGACGGCUCUUCUGGAGGACUCGCAGAAGUCUUUCUUGAGGCGGCCGUCCUACUUGGAGAAAGACUUGGUGUCGUCUGAAAGCCUGGCCCACAGCCCUCAGGACCUGCCGAGCUUGCUGUCCUCCUCUCCCACCGCUCCCAUGGGUACCUUCAGCUUUGAGCCACUGAGUAGCCCAGAUGGUCCAGUGGUCAUCCAGAACCUGCGGAUAACCGGCACCAUCACAGCCCGAGAGCACAGUGGAACAGGGUUCCACCCGUACACCUUGUAUACUGUCAAGUAUGAAACGACUUUGGAUAGCGAGAACACCAGCAGUCUCCAGCAGGUGGCGUACCACACGGUGAACCGGCGGUAUCGAGAAUUCUUGAACCUGCAGACCCGACUGGAGGAGAAGCCGGAUCUCCGGAAGUUCAUUAAAAAUGUAAAAGGUCCAAAGAAGCUAUUUCCUGAUCUUCCGUUUGGAAACAUGGACACAGAUAAAGUGGAAGCCAGAAAAAGCCUCCUGGAAUCAUUCCUGAAGCAACUGUGUGCUAUUCCUGAGAUUACCAACAGUGAAGAGAUGCAGGAGUUCCUUGCCCUGAACACAGAUGCCAGGAUCGCCUUUGUCAAGAAGCCCUUUGUGGUCUCCCGUAUCGAUAAGAUUGUGAUGAACGCUAUUGUGGACACCUUAAAGACAGCGUUCCCCAGAUCUGAACCUCAGAGCCCUACAGAAGAGCUGAGCGAGGCAGAAGUGGAUGGGAAGUCCCAGAAGUCAAAUAAGCCAAGACUGAGGUUUGCAUCCAGUAAAAUUGCUCCCGUGUUGAAUGUGGCUGGAACACAAGAGAAGAUCACCUACUCCCUGAGGGAAGGCACCACUGAGGCUGAGGGUUUGUCCAUAGCAAGAAUGGAGUCCUUCAUCCAGAAACAGGAGAAGCUGCUGGAAGCAAUGCUGAAGGAAGGGCCGGAGAGCGAGGGAAACGGAGAAGCUCUUGACUCUUCAGCAAAUCAGGACAUGAAAUCCACGGAGGCGCUUCGGCAGCCCGCCGAAGGCAGCGAUGAUCCUGAAUCGGAGACACCGCUGGCAGACACGGCGCUGGACCUCCUUCGGUUGGUCAUGACGGAUCACUGGAGCUGGCUGUGCACCGAGAACAUGCAGAAGGUCCUGCAUGUGCUCUUCGGGACUCUCAUCCAAAGGUGGUUAGAAGUGCAAGUCGAUUAUCUGACUUGCACUCAGCGCUGGGUCCAGUACCUCCGGUUGCUUCAGGAGUCGAUAUGGCCCGGUGGAGUCCUGCCAGGGACGCCCAAGCCUCUCAGGACAGAAGAGCAGAAAGCGGAGGCAGAAGAGCAGGCCUUGCAGAUUCUCAUGGGGAUCUUGCCCGAAAUAAUCCUAGAAAUCCUUGGAACUGGUAAAUGUCAAGAAAGCUGGAGCCUGGUGCUGGAGUCCAUGCAACAUCCCAUCAUAAACAGGCACAUGGUCUACUGUCUUGCGGACAGUCUACUGGAGUUUUUGAUCCCUGAGCUCCAAGCAGAUAAACCCCAACCGACGCCAGUAGCUUCUUCUCUCCGUGGAGUAGUGGAGAGAUCUAGCUUUUCGUCGCACUAA